AUGGCGAACUGCUUGACCGCACGCUUGGCAGCUCAGGAGGAGCAAAUUCGGCUCCUCGCGGGCGAAAUCUCCACCCUUCGGGACGGAAUCAUCCGGGACAUGGGCCCUGCUGGCGACGCGGGGGUCUCUCUGCAGCUGGAGGAGCUGAAGUCGGAGAAUGAGAAGCUCAAGUACCGACUGCUGCACCUUCGCCGGAGUCUAUGUGCUGAGCUGGAGCUGGACCCGUGCAAGAGUUCACAGCCAGUGGCGGACGUUGUCGUCGUCGUCAAAGGAGGACAGACUGACAACAGAGCUGCUAAAAAGGUAAGCACCACUCAUGCCAAACCAGGCGACAAAAACAAGAAGAAUCAGAGAAAAGAACUAUUGGGUGCAAGUGUUAAAGGGGUCUGGCCCGCCUUUGUCGACGAGCGCCUCAGGCUCUAUGAGGAGCUGAAGAAGGAAAGUGAUGCCCUCCAGGCCAAGAGAGCCUCAGACGGUAAGACCAUAACAGUGGAGCUUCCUGACGGGCGCCAGGUGAUGGGCACGUCCUGGGUCACCACCCCGUAUAAACUGGCUUGUGACAUCAGUCAGGGUCUGGCUGACAAUGCAGUGAUAUCGCGAGUGAACGGGGAGCUCUGGGACUUGGACAGACCUCUGGAGGACAACUGCUCUCUGGAGAUCUUGCGCUUUGACAACGAGGAUGCUCAGGCAGUGUACUGGCACUCCAGCGCUCACAUCCUGGGUGAGGCGAUGGAGCGCUAUUAUGGUGGCUGUUUAUGUUAUGGCCCCCCAAUAGAGAAUGGCUUCUACUACGACAUGUUCCUGGAUGGCCCGAAGAGCGUGUCCAGCACAGAGUUUGAGGAACUGGAGACCUUGUGCAAGAUGGUGAUGAAGGAGAAACAAGCCUUUGAGAGGCUUGAGCUUACCAAGGAGACGCUGCUUAAGAUGUUCAAGUACAACAAAUUCAAGUGCCGGAUUCUAAAUGAGAAGGUCUCCACACCCACAACUACAGUCUACAGGUGCGGGCCCCUUAUAGACCUCUGUAGAGGUCCUCAUGUUAGGCACACAGGCAAGAUCAAAGCCAUAAAGAUUUUCAAGAACUCUUCCACCUACUGGGAGGGCCGCUCUGACAUGGAGACGCUGCAGAGGAUAUAUGGGAUCUCGUUCCCUGACUCCAAGAUGCUCAAAGAGUGGGAACGCUUCCAGGAAGAGGCCAAGAAUAGGGAUCAUCGCAAGAUCGGCAAAGACCAAGAGCUGUUCUUCUUCCAUGAUCUCAGUCCUGGGAGUUGCUUCUUCCUGCCGCGAGGAGCUUACAUCUACAGCACGCUCAUGGAAUUCAUUAGAGGUGAGUACUGGAAGAGAGGGUUCCAGGAAGUAGCCUCUCCCAAUAUCUAUAACAGCAAGCUGUGGGAGACGUCAGGCCACUGGCAACAUUACAGUGAAAACAUGUUCUCCUUCCCUGUUGAGGAGGAGACCUUCGCACUCAAACCCAUGAACUGCCCCGGACACUGUUUGAUGUUCGGCCAUAGACCUCGUUCGUGGCGGGAGCUCCCCCUCAGGCUGGCUGACUUUGGGGUCCUUCACCGGAACGAGCUGUCCGGAACACUCACCGGGUUGACGAGAGUGCGACGUUUCCAGCAGGAUGAUGCUCACAUUUUUUGCACCAUGGAGCAGAUUGAGUCUGAGAUGAAAGGCUGCCUGGACUUUCUACGCUGUGUCUACAGCGUGUUUGGCUUCUCCUUCCAGCUUUACCUCUCCACUCGUCCAGAAAAGUAUCUGGGUGACAUUGCUGUGUGGAACCAAGCUGAGGAGCAAUUGGAGAACAGCCUCAAUGAGUUUGGGGAGCCUUGGAAACUCAACCCAGGAGAUGGCGCUUUCUAUGGCCCAAAGAUUGACAUUAAGAUCAAAGAUGCCAUUGGUCGUUACCACCAGUGUGCAACCAUUCAACUGGACUUCCAGCUUCCCAUCUGCUUCGACCUGACCUUUGUGGGAAAGGAUGGCGAUGACAAAGCUCGUCCUGUUAUCAUCCAUCGUGCCAUCUUGGGCUCUGUUGAGCGAAUGAUCGCCAUUCUGACAGAAAAUUAUGCUGGGAAAUGGCCUCUGUGGAUCUCGCCAAGGCAGGUGAUGGUGGUGCCAGUCAACCCUUCCUGUGAGGAUUAUGCCAAGAACGUCUGUAAAGAAUUCACAAAUGCAGGCAUGAUGGCUGAUGCCGACCUGGAUUCUGGUUGCCUUUUGAACAAAAAAAUCCGCAAUGCUCAGAUGGCCCAAUACAACUUCAUUUUCGUGGUCGGUGAGAAGGAGAAGACGACCAACAGCGUCAAUGUUCGCACGAGAGACAACAAAAUCCACGGCGAACUAUUGGUGGCCGAGGCGGUUGAACGCCUGUGCCUUCUCAAGCAGGCCCGCUGUCGAAAUGCAGAAGAGGAAUUCUGACGGAGUGGAUGACAACCCAACCAGGAACUAUGUACCUCAGUUUUCUCCAGAUGAGACUACAAUUAGUGAUAGAUGUCAUUUGAAGAUGGUUUUGUGAAAAUGUUAUUGAAGGUUCAAAAUGUCGCUGUGAUUGAUCACAAGUGGUUGGUGCAUUUAAGGAACCUAUGUGUCGCCUGCCGUUAUGAAGAACGGAUAUCAAUGGCUUGUCUUUUCUUGGAAGGGAAAUAAAUCAUGUUCAAUUUCA